UUGGCGAUCGUGCUGAUGAGUUUCGUGUGCGCCACGUUCUUGGUGAACACCAUGUGGCUCAAGUUCAGCGCUUCCCCCACGGUGACGGCGGUCAAGGACACGCACUUGGCGCUGUACUUACUUCCGUUUCCGGCCGUCAGCGUGUGUCCGGUGGACAAAAUCAAACGGCCGCUGGCCCACGAAUACUUGGCGGCCAUGUUGAACGGGUCGUAUCGACAACAGGAGACUGACAUCUUCCUGAACGCUUUGUCGAUGCUUCAACAUCCCAUUUACAACCGGAUGACCGACUACUUGAAACGAACCAACGAUUAUCUCGACGACUUGGUCAAAAUUAACAUUACCGACUUAUUUUUAAAGGUGAUGCCCACUUGCGACGAGGUGUUCAGCACUUGUUUUUGGAUAGGUCAUUCGUUCAACUGUUGCGAGUUGUUCAGCUUGCAGAGAACCGAAGAGGGAUUUUGCUAUUCGUUUAACUCGCUGAACUCCAUCGACGCGGUUAAUUGUCCGAAAAUCAACACUUUGGAAGUAGAGGAGAACUUAAUGGCGAACAUGACCGGUGAUUGGAAUUGUGCUCUCAGGCGAAACACUGCGGCAGGUGCGACGACCGGAUUGCAAUUGUACUUCAACAAGUUCAACGAUUCCGAACGAUUAGUGAACGCAUCCGAUAUUUCAGGUCCACAGGCAGUAAAGGUUCAAGUGUUUUAUGCGACAGAGUAUCCGGAAUCCGGUGUGGGCACCAUCGUGCACGCGGAAAAAGGUCUCAAGCUCAACAUCAUGGUGAAACCUUAUGUGACCAUAAGCACGGAUGCCAUCAGACAAUUGUCGGUAGAAGAGAGAUUUUGUUAUUUUCCCGACGAACAGCAGCUGAGCGUGUCCAAGUCGUACACGCAAAAAUCUUGCCUCAUCGAAUGUCGCUUGAACUACAUACACGAAAAGUGCCAAUGCCGUCCGUACUAUUUCAAUAUGCUCGACAACCGCGUUCCGGUGUGCAACUCCACACAGCUAAUGUGCAUAGCCCGGCACAACAGCGAGUUGCGUUUCUUCAGCCCGCCCGUGGGCAACAUCCGGGGCUUCAUGCAGGUGGAAAUGCUGUCGCCGCUCAACUGUUCGCAGUGCCUGCCUACGUGCCACGAAAGCGUGUACGACAUUGACGUGGACUACUCUCUGGACUCCCAUCCGUUGACCAGGGACAGCUACGGUGCAGUCGACAUAUUCUACAGGAACGAGGGUGCCGUCAAGUAUCAAAGGGACGUGACUUUCGGAUGGAUCGACCUCUUAGUAUCAUUCGGAGGUAUUGCCGGACUUUUCUUGGGAUUUAGCCUUUUGACGAUAAUCGAAUUCGUGUAUUGGGGUAUCAAGCUGCUCGUCCAAUACACACAUUAUAUAAUGAACAAGAACAAAGUUUUGCCAAACUGAUGGUUUUUUUUUAAAUUAAAAAACAUUUAGGGUGUCUAAGCACACUUAGUAGUUGCGCACCUGCAUAGUAUGUAACAUCGAAAAAAUAUUAGUCUAGCUUAUAAUAUUAUCUUGCAACGUUAUGCAAUCAUUUAAUUGCCUAUAAUAUAUUAUUUACACUACAUUUUCCACUCAAACAAUUUGUUUUGUAAUCAUUUUUAUUUUUAAACUAUAUAACAUAAUAUGUUAUAAUCAACAAAGUCUAUGAAAUAAGUAGGUACAUACAGUUUAACCCUUAACUUGGCAAGGGCCGAAUUAACAACAAAAAAGUUCUAUUUAUUAGCAAUACUGGGCGUAAUUUGAAUUCGAAUAGUUUUUGAAAAU